GUGUGUGUGUGUGUGUGGGGAGAAAGAUAGAAAUGGGGCGUGGAUGCCGAUUUAACUUCGAGAAGUAACACACCCUCUCUUCAGUUCCCAGCUGGAGCAAGUGACAGCAGCAGCACGAGAGAGUAAAACUCGGUCUGCUCUUAGGCUACACCAUUACGUUUUAGGUGAACUACCCCCAUUAAAGCGGGACAUUUAACCACCUGUGAACCAUGGAAGAAGACGCGUCCCACCCCGAGCAGUCGAACAGCAUCUCCGGCAGCACCCACACCAUCCCGCAGCAGCAGCCCGAAAACACGGAGCUCCUUAUCCCGAGCUUCAGCCCGUCGUCCGCCCCGUCCUCUCCGACCCCGACCGGCACCCUCUCCCGGCUGGGCUUGAAAAGUCCGAGCAGCCCGAGUGCGGUGGCGCCGGGCAGCCCGGUCGACCGCGGCCAGGUGAGCGCCAUCACCGUGGUGGCGCUGCUGGACAAGCUGGUCAACAUGCUGGAGUCGGUGCAGGAAAACCAGCAGCGGAUGGAGCAGCGGCAGGCCGACCUGGAGGGCGCUGUGCGGGUCGUGCAGGGGGACGUGACCCGCCUGUCCAAAACACACAUCAGUACCUCCAACAGCGUCACCAAGCUGCUCGAGCGCUCCCGCAAAGUCAGUGGGCACCUGAAGGAUGUGAGGGAGCGCAUGGAUAAACAGGCGGUCCAGGUGAAGAAGCUGGAGGCAAACCACAGCCACCUGCUGAAGAGGAACCACUUUAAAGUGCUUAUUUUCCAGGAAGACAAUGAGAUCCCCACUAGUGUGUUAGUCAAGGACUCCCUCAAGACCCCACAACCAAGCCAGUAUGACGCCGAAUCCAUCCGUCCUGCUGCGUCUGUUGCUUGCUCGGUUGAUGGCAGCCAUGCCCCUGAGGGUCUUCAGACCAUUAGCCUGUCCUCCGAUGACGACGAUGGUCUUCCAGCACACCUUGAGGAGGACGAGAUGUUUCAGUGCGAUGCCGCAAUGGGCACUUCCCACACAUUUGAGAGAAGGGCUGACAAGUUCAAGCGCAACAGCCUGAAGAAGGUUGAUAGCCUCAAGAAGGCCUUCUCGCGCCAGAGCAUCGAGAAGAAGAUGACCCAGAUCACCACCAAGAUUGUGCCGCCGGAGAAGCGUGAGAAACUCAGGAAGAGCCUUACCCCUAACCACCCCAAGAGCCCGACUGCCAAGUCCUCCUCUUUUAAGGUGUCUCCCAUGACUUUCAAUGUCAAGAAGGUCAGAGAUGGGGCAACCCCCACGCAAGACAUGGUGUCACCUGGGGAAGAAGCCCAUGUGGAGAUUCCUGCUCUGGAAAGCUUAGAUGGUGAGAGUCCUUUGGCAGAGGUGCAUACCCAAGAAGGUGUUGUGGAGCAGAUUCGGGAGAUGCUGAGUCCCUCCACCCCAGAGAGCAUGAAGGCAGAGCUGGCUAUCAAUGGAGAGGCCUCAAGCAUCGAGGGGGAGAUGAAUGGUGAUCGUAUUGCUGGCCUGGCAGUUCCAGAGCUUGAUGGAGAUGUUGACGCGGAGGAAGAAGAGGAGGAGGAAGAAAAACACAAAAGUCCUGUUAAGCCAGCAGCAGAUGCCCAGAUUCCCACAGCACCAAUUGCUGUAGAGCAAGUGUCUUAAUAUGAUUUUGAUUUUUUAAAAGCAUCAAUUAAAGUUUCUUUUCUUGCUCAAUUUUUCUGCACCCUUCAGGCACACAUGUUCGUUCUACUGUAAACUCUGUCUUGUCUGGUCUUCCAUAUAAACUAGACACAUACUCACGGCUUCCUUGGACUAUUCCUGCAACACUACCUUUAUUAUUACCAUCUUGGUCUAAAAACCUUGACACAGACUGUAUAAGCAACAUGGUUGACAACUAGACCCCACAGUGUAUCAGCAUCUGGUGCAAGUGCUUCCUGAACCCUGGAACAGGGUUGGCCAGAGAAAGUACCAUUGCACCAACACACCAUAACUCACUCCCAUCAGCUGGUGCCCACCUCUUUAACAGCAGCACAUCUCCAGGGCGCUGGGCCAACUAUCUCCCUCCUGCUGUGUUUGUCUGCCACACAAGCUCUUUUCCUCACUGACAAAUAGCCUCUUCAUUCUUUGUGUUGUUUUUUGUGUGUGAAAAAAUAGUAAAUCUUUGGCAACAGUGGUACUGCCAACCGCCUGUGGAUGCAGGGUGUUGCCAGGUUGUGCAAGAGUUGGAAUGGGAAGUUUCCGGGUUUUUUUCAAGUGAAAAGGUCCUGGGGUGUUUUGUGGUGAACUAGAGGUGUUUUCUAAGUUCUUCGGGCCUGUGCUUAAAAAAGGCCAGAUCUUAAAUAACGGGGGACUAAACUUAAGACGUCAAUGUUGCGCUUACUUGUUUCCUGUUCUUCACCUGCGCUUGUCAACAUGUUUGUUACUUCCUAGAGAGAUCUAAGUCAUCAUUUCCGAAUAUGACCUACCUUGAACACCACAUGAGUUGCGUGUGGUACUUUAAAAUAUUUUAGUAAUUAAUGAUUGCCAAUUAAGUAACCUCCAGGUGUUAAAAAUUAUAAAAGAUUGCAUUUGUAAUAGCCUAAAUGACCUUGUGAACACCAAUCAAUAGUCUAAGAAAGGUCAAAUAUACAUUUUAUUGCAAUAACAUGUUUGUGCUAAAUUUACACUGAUGCAAAUGAAGGAAAUCAAUGCAGAAUAGAAGCUACUCUAAAUGCCUAGAAAAAUGCAUUAGUGAAAGAAAGAACCCUGCAGGUUUCAAUACGGACAUACUAAAUGUCCCUUUUAUAGCCCCUUUGUCUUUUCUGCAGGGCAACUUUGUUUAUGUUCAGGAAUUCUAAUUUUUUUUUCUUUCUAUGUGAGGCACACUAAUCUAGGUAUUUACAGCGUAAACACCAUAAACUGGCCUUUGUGAUAACUGCCCUUGAGUGUGUGUACUUCAUACAGUAAAUGUUGUAUCUGUGAAUUUGUUUUGAGUUAUGCUAUCCUGUCUUUUUCUUUGAGGAGUUCAUAUAUUGCGUGGUGAAAUCUUUCAUAUGUUGAAGACAAAAACACUAUCUUGUACUUUUGACGGGGCACCGUCAGUAAAUCUCAAUCACACACACACACACACACACACACACACACACACACACACAUAUACACUAGAGUGCCUUUUAGCUUUCACAAGCUGGUAUGAGAAAUUGCAGUCCUGAAGCGAUGCAUUCCUAUGUUUUUGUAGAUAAGGUUGAUCGUAAAACGUGCCUGAAGUCUUUUUUUUUCCUUCUUCUGAGAAAUUCCUUGCAGCUAUUACUUUAUGGGGAAUAGUCAUGGAUUAAUACCAACUACAUAAAAGCUGAGAAAAUGUCAAGUUAAAGUGGGCACAAAAUUAUUCACUAUCAUUCACAAUCAACUUUGUGUACGGUAGUCGUCUCUGCCUGAAUGUGACCUUCAUCGUGUUGCACAUCCCUAGUGCUAUGCCGGCUGUAGUUACAAAUGUCCAAUGCCAUGACUCCCUAAAAAUAAUUUAGCAAGUGAUGCCAAGUUCCAAGGGUCCAGAUACAAGGGAGGUCACAGGAGUUGAUAAAGGCAUAGGACAGCAUUCCUAGCUUUGACGGAUGAGUCCUCUUCAGCCCGUAUUUCAUGCUCUUGCCUUGCCUCUUGGCCUCCUUGUUGAGACAGCGCAAAGAGAGGAAGACACUCUCUGGAGCCACAGGUGUUCUGCCCCUGUGAAGGCUCCUGGGCAUGAGUUUGAAGUGAAAGGGGACAAGUGUUGUUGUUGGUAAGUGUGGAAAAGGACUUAAGUUGUUGGAAAGGAUGAUAAAGUUGCCUUGGGUUUAGGCAUAUGUAUGUAAAAGUGUGAGAGUCUGAAAUACAUAAGACCUUUGGAACUGAAAUACAUUGUAAGGGGUAUACAGACCAAUCUCUGGCACUGCAGGUUUCCAUUACCUAGACCCCACUAUACAUCCAAUAUAUUUCUUCUAUCUAGCAAUGGAUUCCUAACUUGAACUGAAAGUCAAAAUAUGGUGCCCCACAUAUUUUAAUAUUUUAUG